AUGCAUAAUAACAGGGAGAAAAAGAAAAAGCUGCUGUUUGCUGGAACAUCUCAGUAGAUGUGAAACAGGACACCUGUGUUGUGGACGCAAAUAUCAUGGAGAAAACUGUGAAUAUUAAGGAGGAGGACUGUGAGUGGGGAUCCAUCUGCCUUAAACAGGAACGUCUGAGCAUCAAGGAGGAGGACAGUGAACUGCAGCCAGUGGCCAUUAAAGAUGAACCUGAAGAGAAAUCUGUCAGUAUUGAGACACAUAACCAUACAAAGCUGGACAGUGUAAAAGAAGACAACCAUCAUGAUGGGUGUCAAAAUGGAGUGGUGACCAGGUUAGACUCUUCUCAGAGCAGACACUUUUCAUCUCCAGAGCGUUCUAUCAAUGUGAAGUCUGAAUCAUUAGAGUCUGAACCAAAGAGGGCUGAGAAAACUACAGCUGUUAGAGCUCAGAAAAAUAAGCAACCACCUUCAAAGAAGUCUGGAAAAAGAAAGAAAGAUCACUGCUGUGUGGAAUGUGGCAGAGAAUUCCCUAAAAAGAGUGCUCUUCAGACACACAUGAGAGUUCACACGGGAGAGAAGCCAUAUUGCUGUAAUGAAUGUGGUAAACAGUUUUCAGAGACGGGCAGUCUACAGAAACACACGAGAGUUCACACCGGAGAGAAGCCAUAUCGCUGUAGUGAAUGUUGCAAACAGUUUUCAGAGAUGGGCAGUCUACUGAAACACAUGAGAGUUCACACUGGAGAGAAGAUAUAUUGCUGUGAUGAAUGUGGUAAACAGUUUUCAGAGAUGUGCAAACUUCGGCGACACACAAGAGUUCACACCGGAGAGAAGCCAUAUUGCUGUAAUCAAUGUGGUAAACAGUUUUCACGUAUAUUCAGUCUUCAGAGACACACAAGAGUUCACAACAGAAUAAAAACAGUAGCAGUUCAAAAAUCAGUCCAGAAAAACAAGAACCCUUCAGGACUUAAGAAUGAGGUUCAGUCCUGUCCUGAAAAGUAAGCAAACUAAACUAUUGUUAGAAAUUAAUCUCAAAGAGAAGCCAUAUUGCUCUUUGGAACGUGGCAAACAAAUCUGUCAGAGCAGUACACUUCAGAGAAGCACCAGAAUUCCCACCGGAGAGAAGUACAACUGAACUGUCCUGACUAAAGAGUGAGGUUCACUCCUGCCUGGACAGUAAGCACAUGUAACCGACUCAAAUCCAUCCUAAUAAGUGUUGUGUCAAAAACAAAUCAACAUGGAGGAGACAUAGAAGUUUACAUCCUUUUUCCUUUUCCACAAACAAAAGAAAGAACAGAGCGUCAUACAAAUGGCUUCUCACCAAAGCCCCUACAGCCUCCACCAUGCGCCUAAUUUUGUUUUAAUAAAAUACGUAUUACAUAUAGAACUAUUUACAAUAUA